AGUUACUAUGAGAUAUUUGUUCUUUCGGUUUGGCGGGUUUAUUCCGUUUCUCAUACACGAGCUUCUGCACGACACAUACUUUCAAUUUCCAUUCAUUUGCAGCUAGUGCAUCUGAAGUAUUUUUGAGUAUCGCCAGACAUUUGUAAGAAGCUUGGAAUCAAACUCCAAGUAGGUAUAUUCUUUCACAAUGUUUCAUCAUCCCAGCGCAACAUUCAAGUAAGUAAAUUCCUGCUCCGCCUAGGUCGACACCGAUAUUAGCGCUGGAAACGAUGGCGGUUUCUGGAUCGCAGCGGCCGCCAAGUGCGGCCGGUAAUGCGACUGGGGCACCAGGAGCCGCAGCUGCUCGAGCGAGCGCAGACGUGGCGAAUAAAACCAAAAAAUUGCAGGCGCCGCAGUCGUCCGCCUCCUCCCUGCGGAGAAACAAUCUAGUCCCAGCCGGUACCUCCAGCGACGGGGUGCCUCCAGCACUGGAGAAGAUGCAGGCACACAUCACGGAGUACGACUUUUACGACGAUAUCGUGGACGAGGGGCUGCCAAAGAACACCAAGGGGGUGAGCGAAGCGGACGCGGUGCACGACCGUCCUGCAAAUGGGGACGAAAUAUUAAAGUUGGACAGCGCGAACUUUGCCUCCGAGACGGAGUUCUUGCGUAAAAAGCGCGAGAAGGAGCGCGAGGUGCGGUUGCGGGAGCUCUCCGCCGAGGACCGGGCGCGGCUGCAGAAGUUCACGGACCGCGAGGCCGAGCUGCGGGGGCUGUCCGACUUUUACGACACCGCGGAAGCGUACCGAGAAGACAUGGAGCCGCUUUUUCUGGAGGAGCUGAAGGCCACCCUGGCGCGGGGCAAGGCCGCGAUGAUUUCGGAGAUGGAGCAUAUGACGCAGAUCGAGUUCGUCAAGCCGCCCCCGCCGGCGACCGGAGAGCAGCCUUGGCUGCGACUCGAGCUGGACCGCCGGUCGGACGUGUAUCUGCAGUUGUCGCGGAAGUACGACGAGUCGCAGCUGCGGUACUGCACGGGGGAUAUCGUCCUCCUGUCCGACCAGGCGCACGCGCACACCCGGACCGGCGUGCACGCGCUGUGCGUGGUGCACAACAUGCACGGGAUGCGGCUCACGCUGAGAACCAUCGUGCGGCGGGAUAACGACCGGUGCAAGCGGUUGGCGCAGGCGGUGGCGCGCAAGUCCGCCGCGUUCCAGGAGCGGGAGGCGCAGGGCUGGUACGUGAGCAAGGUGGAGUCCCUGUCCACGUCCGGGCGCGAGUGGAUCGCCAUGCACGCCCUGGACGAGAUGCCCCUGAAGCCCUACCUGCUGAACUGGAGUCAGCUCUGCAGCACCGACCCGAAUGACGAGGUGCGGAUGAAGAUCAGCCACGACCUCGAGAACCGGCUGCGGGAGAGGUACAACGCCUCGCAACUGCACGCGAUUCAGGCGUGCCGCAAGGCGAAAGGCAUCACGCUGGUCCAGGGGCCGCCGGGGACCGGCAAGAGCACCACAAUCUCUGGGAUCAUCAGCGUCCUGAUCAACAGUAUGCAGGUGAAGAAGCAGCAUCGCGGCGACGUGAGCACGGAGGAGGAGAAGCUGCCGCUGUACCUGCGCCGUCGCGCGAAGCAGCGCCAGCAGCAGGAAGAGGAAAAAUUCAAGCAGCAGCUACAACUCCUGGGUGGAGGAACAAAUAGUAAUUACAAGGACAAACGGCAAAUUGAAAAUCUGUUGCGGAUGCGAAGUCAGCAGCCGUGGAUGUACCAAGAGACCCCGUUCGUACCGUGGAUGGACGACGAGGCGAAUGACGUGUCUGCCGGUAUGCUGAUCCGGGACUACGUCAAGCUUCCGGCGUCGUGUCUGGUUUCCAUGUCCGCGAUGACAGAAGAGGAGCGUCCCAGCUUUUCGAAGGUGCUUGUCUGCGCGCCGUCCAAUGCGGCCAUCGACGAAAUCGUCCGGCGGUUGACCACGGAGGGGAUCUUCGGCCGGGACGGCAAAACCUACAAGCCCAACGUGAUUCGGCUGGGUCCGGGGGUGCACGAUUCGCUGCAGCAGUUUUCGUUGGAGCACCAAGCCACGCUGCGGGCGAAGGCGCAGGGCGUCCACCAGGGUGCGCAGCAGAACCAGAAAGCCGAACUGGACCUGAUCAAGCGCCAGCUGCUGCUGGAGGCCAACGUGGUUUGCGCCACGUGCUCCGUCGCGGGCGCGCGCGACGUGUCCACCUUCGGGUACGCCUUCGAGUCUGUGGUGAUCGACGAAGCGGCUCAGGGCGUGGAGCUGAGCACGCUGAUUCCGCUGCAGUCGGGCUGCAAGCGGCUCGUGCUGGUCGGGGAUCCGCUCCAACUUCCGGCCACGGUGUUCUCGGGUAUCGCGAAGAAGAAGAUCUACGACCGCAGUCUUUUCCAGCGGCUAGCGGAGGACGGGUACCCCGUGGAGCGAUUGAGCGUGCAGUACCGCAUGCACCCCCGGAUCGCCGCCUUCCCCUCCAGGCACUUCUACCAGGGCAGCCUGGGCAAUUUUCGGGACGAAGUCCAGUUCGAAGAGCACUUUGGGGACACGGACUUCUGGGAGCUUCCUUACUUCAAGCCGCUCUCCUUCUUCAACCUGACCUUCUCGGCGGAGGCCGAGGAGAAGCAUUCCAUCGUGAACGAGAAGGAGGCGGACUUUGUUGUGCUGCUGUACAAGACGCUAGUCCAACUGUACCCCAAGUACGACUGGCGCAAGUGGUGCGGCGUGAUUUCUCCGUACGAACGCCAGGUGUCUUUGCUCAAACGCAAGUUUCGGGACCUCUACGGUCUGCAGCCGCACGAGCCCUGCCCGGUGGAGGUGAAAACCGUCGAUGGGUUCCAGGGCAGCGAGAAGGAGGUGAUCCUGCUCAGCACGGUCCGCAGCAACGCGGCCACGCGGACCGACCCGGUGAUCGGGUUUCUCCGGGACACCCGUCGAAUGAACGUCGCCAUGACGCGGGCGCGCCGAGGGCUGUUUGUGGUGGGGAACGCAGCCACGCUGCAAGCAGACGCGAAUUGGAAGGCGUUUCUCAAGUUUGUCCGCAACCGCACCAUCCACGCAGCGCACGAUAUUAACAACGAGAGGGCGCUGGCCGUCCGGAUCCGCGAGUUUCUCCGGGGUCACCGUGAGUGGGUGCCCACCGAGGCGCAGCGCCGGGCGUUCGAGCGUGAGCUGACGGAUUUGUCUCUGUCGCCCAAGGAGCGGGCAACCAAGCAGAUGCGGUUGGUACACCAGCGCAAACGCGCUCGGAGCGGUGACAAGUUCUUCGAAGCAGCCAGUAGUGCCGGUGUAGACCACGAUCGGUCGGACGACGACUCAAGCGAGGACGACGAGCCCGACACGCCGAAAAAAAAGAGUUCCAGCAAGAAGGUCGUGGAAGCUGGACCCACUCCCGCGGAGUACUUUUUGCGGCUGCACGUGGAGAGUGUUCCGUUUCUCCGGAACUUUGAGGACGCGGCGGAAGAUGCCAGGAUUGACCCCCACAGCGUGGGCGAUCCGGGUUUGUUCCACCUGACCAAGCACGACAUUAGCUCCCUGGUCGCGAAGCAGAAAGAGGAGCAGCGGCUGCACCAGACCGAGGCGGAGUUUGCGCGUGAGUUGGCGGAGCUGGAGCGGAAACAGGACUUGGAGCGCAAGAAGGCGGCAGAGGAGGAGGAGCGGCAGCGACAACACAACUUGCAGGAAAUGGAGGCCCAGCAGGAUGUUUUGGACUACAUGGAAAAUGAAGACGAGCAAGCAGAGCAGGAAGAUCAUGCUCAUAUACCCAAGCCCGCCACACCUGGCCCCGUGCCUCUAGCUGCCCCCCAAGGCAGUGCGCCCCAGGAAAAUGAGAAGAAGAAAGCGAUAAGAGUAGAGGCUGGAGGGCUCGCACAAAAAGGUAAACCUGAUUUGGGUACUACUAGCGGAUCGGUGCCGGCUAAAGCAGCUGCAGCGCCUCCGCCGGGUGACGAGGAUGACGAGGACGAGGAUCAGGGUGUAAGUGCGAUGGACAUCUACGACGGCAACAGCGUGUACAGCGACGAGAAUAACAGCAUGCAAGUCGAUGAUGUAGGGUGACAGGCUCCGGAUUUUUCCGAACGGAACAGUCAUGUGGAGUACUAGAAUACUGCGACUCUCUUCGACGUCGGAUGGAAAAACAAGUCCGCACCAAUUUUUCUUUCACCUGCGACACAACCUACUUUUCGCGUUUAAUCGACCGCAAGCAUAGUUCAUAUGAGUGUGCCUUUGCAACUGUACAACGAAAGUGAGAUGACAGUCGCGCAGCGGAGACAUGAUGUGUUGCCUGCAGCUUUUUGGUGACGUG